UUUACCAUCUCGGUUUUCAUCCCCUCCCUGCAGUCUUUCCUUCUGCCCCUUCCCACCUCUCUUUCUUCUUCUGCCUUUCUCUCCAUCCUCAGUCCUUUUAUCCGUUCAAUAUUUAUUUCCCUCCGCCUUUUCCUCCUCCCUUUCCUUCUCUCCUCCCUCUUUCAGUCUUCUUUUCUCUUCCAUGUAGAAAUAAUGCUUCUUUAAUGCUUCCACAGUCCAGAUCCUGGAGCCAUGCAAGUGAUCCAAGAGUGAUGCCCUGCAGGUGUAUCCAUGAUGCUCAGCCUCAGCACGUGUUCCAUCAGCACUCACAUGCUCUCUGAGGCAGGUUUUCCUGCGGAUGGAGCCCCUGAAUUGGAAAAUGAUCCCCACAGAUGUGUGCUGGCCCUACCAGAAGAAGAGGAAUGGCGAAAGCACAGGCUCGGACCAAUGCAGUCUACUCAGUCUUGCAACUUGCUUGACCCAGAGACCUUGAGUGAUGCUCUUGUCUCACGGACUGCCAGCUUUGACGCCCUCUAUGAGCUGCGUUCACAGGACAUGGAAUCCAGUUUGGGUUUGGAUGGCAGCAGCACUUUUGAUGUGGGGCAGAGCCAGCUUCUCCCUGUGAGCCCUGAAGUCAUCAAGCGCCGGCGAGGAGGCCUGAUUGAACAGCGGGAUAUCGUUAAAGCGCAUGAAGCUCAUAAGAUACAGAGCACGCCACAAGCAAGGCGGAAGGAGUGGGAAAUGGCUCGUUUUGGAGAAGCGAUGGCUGGCAGGGUGGGAUCCGGCGAUGGAGCCACCGAACAGAACAGGAACCGCCAGGGAACCCCUGCACCCCCAGGAGGAACCCCGGUAGCGUACAAGCAAACCAAAGCCCAGCGGGCCAGGACGAUGGCACUGUACAACCCCAUACCUGUCCGACAGAACUGCUUCACAGUCAACAGAUCUCUCUUCAUCUUUGGGGAAGAUAAUAUUGUCAGGAAAUACGCCAAGAAGCUCAUCGACUGGCCUCCUUUUGAAUACAUGAUUCUGGCAACCAUCAUUGCGAACUGCAUCGUUCUGGCCCUGGAACAGCAUCUCCCCGAGGAUGAUAAGACGCCUAUGUCUCGGCGAUUAGAGAAGACAGAACCUUAUUUCAUUGGGAUAUUUUGCUUUGAAGCUGGCAUUAAAAUUGUGGCUUUGGGAUUUGUUUUCCAUAAGGGCUCCUACCUGCGCAAUGGAUGGAAUGUAAUGGAUUUCAUCGUCGUUCUGAGUGGAAUUCUUGCCACAGCAGGGACGCAUUUCAACACCCAUGUGGACCUCCGGACUCUGCGGGCAGUGAGGGUUCUCAGACCCUUGAAGCUUGUCUCGGGCAUUCCUAGUUUGCAGAUUGUACUUAAAUCCAUCAUGAAGGCCAUGGUGCCUCUCCUCCAGAUUGGCCUGCUCCUCUUCUUCGCUAUUCUGAUGUUUGCCAUCAUUGGCCUGGAAUUCUAUAGUGGGAAGCUGCACCGGGCUUGUUAUGUGAACAAUUCAGGUGAAUUACAAGAGCUGGACCCACCUCAUCCUUGUGGGGUGCAAGGAUGCCCUGCAGGUUACGAGUGCAGAGACUGGAUUGGUCCCAACGAUGGGAUCACUCAGUUUGACAACAUUCUCUUUGCUGUGUUGACUGUCUUCCAGUGCAUUACCAUGGAAGGAUGGACUACAGUGCUGUACAAUACCAAUGAUGCCUUAGGAGCCACCUGGAACUGGCUGUACUUCAUCCCACUCAUCAUCAUUGGAUCAUUCUUCGUUCUCAACCUCGUCCUGGGAGUGCUUUCUGGGGAAUUUGCCAAAGAAAGAGAGCGAGUGGAAAAUCGUCGGGCUUUCAUGAAAUUGAGGAGACAGCAGCAGAUUGAACGGGAACUGAAUGGCUACCGAGCAUGGAUAGAUAAAGCAGAGGAAGUAAUGCUGGCCGAAGAGAACAAAAAUUCUGGAACGUCAGCUUUAGAAGUUCUCAGGAGAGCAACCAUUAAAAGAAACCGAACAGAAGUCAUGAAUCGUGACUCCAGUGAUGAGCGUGUAGAUAUCUCUUCAGUGGGUACCCCACUUGCCCGAGCCAGCAUCAAGAGUGCUAAAUUGGAUGGAGCGUCUUACUUCCGACAUAAGGAACGUCUCCUGCGCAUCUCUGUCCGUCACAUGGUGAAAUCCCAGGUGUUCUACUGGCUCGUCUUGAGUAUAGUGGCUCUCAACACUGCCUGUGUGGCCAUUGUCCAUCACGACCAACCUCCAUGGCUCACACAUCUCCUCUACUAUGCAGAAUUUAUUUUUCUGGGGCUCUUCCUCCUAGAGAUGUCCUUGAAGAUGUAUGGAAUGGGGCCACGUCUUUACUUCCAUUCUUCCUUCAACUGCUUUGACUGUGGGGUCACAGUGGGGAGCAUCUUUGAAGUGGUUUGGGCCAUCUUCAGACCUGGCACUUCUUUUGGGAUUAGUGUAAUGCGAGCCUUGAGACUUCUGAGGAUUUUCAAAGUAACAAAGUAUUGGGCUUCCUUGAGGAAUUUGGUGGUCUCACUGAUGAGUUCUAUGAAGUCUAUUAUCAGCCUCCUCUUCCUCCUUUUCCUCUUCAUUGUAGUCUUUGCCCUGCUUGGGAUGCAGCUGUUUGGUGGAAGAUUUAAUUUUAUGGAUGGAACUCCUUCUGCAAACUUUGAUACCUUCCCUGCAGCCAUCAUGACUGUUUUCCAGAUCUUGACAGGUGAAGACUGGAAUGAAGUGAUGUACAAUGGGAUCCGCUCCCAAGGUGGUGUCAGCUCAGGAAUGUGGUCAUCCAUCUAUUUCAUUGUACUCACACUGUUUGGAAACUAUACUCUGCUUAAUGUCUUCUUGGCCAUUGCUGUGGACAACUUAGCCAACGCACAGGAGCUGACAAAGGAUGAGCAGGAAGAAGAAGAAGCUUUUAAUCAGAAGCACGCACUGCAGAAAGCCAAGGAAGUCAGUCCUAUGUCUGCUCCCAACAUGCCUGCUAUAGAAAGAGACAGAAGGAGGAGACACCACAUGUCGAUGUGGGAACCACGCAGCAGCAAUCUGAGGGAGAGGAGAAGGCGGCAUCACAUGUCUGUCUGGGAACAGCGGACCAGCCAGCUCCGCCGACACAUGCAGAUGUCCAGCCAAGAGGGCAUCAACAAUGAAGACCCUCCUUUGCUCAAUCCUCAUGCCAGCAUUUUUCGGAGGAGGAAGCCACUGGAAAAUUCUGGCCUUGAAAAGAAUGAGGAGGGUCAAGCGGACAGGUCAGAGAGGACAAAUGGAGAAGGCCAGGACCCACAGAACUCUGGUUCCAAUCCCUGCCCAAGCAUUCAGGAAAACCAGAGGAGCCCAUCUUCUCGACCCAAGAGGGAAUGGGAAGAAUGGCAUCACAAAUCAUUUCAUGGGAACUGUGACCUGAAUGAGCCGGAAGGUGGAGGAAGUGGGGGCUUUGAGGAGCGAGCCCGCCUUCGACAAAGUCAGAGGCGAAGUCGGCACCGGAGGGUGAGAACAGAGGCAAAGGAGCACAGGGCAGCCAGCCAGGAGAUGGCCCCAGAAGAAGCUGCACCCGUGGAGGGAGAGCAGAAUGUGGAGCAGAAGAAAAAUGAAGAGGAGAAGGAGGCCUUGAUUGAAAAGGAGCAGGGGACUGGUGAGGAGCUGAAAAUAACCAAUGAAGUCCCAGUAAAUGAUGCUGGCUUUCAUGUGGCCACCCAAGAAACCAACCCUUCCGAAGGCCAUCUUGAUCUAAGCAAAAGCAAGGAUGUCAGUCCAGUCGAGCAAGACGGUAACAGCCCAGACACAAGUGAGCAAGCACUGUUGGGUGACCUGCCAAAGGAGACAGGCCGGACUAUUAGCAGAAGUGAACCAGAUCUCUCCUCCAUCACAACCAACGUGGAGAAACUCACCGAGAGCACUACCAUCAUGAUUGAUGUUCAAGACUCUGCUGUGGUACAGAUUAGCAACAAGACAGAUGGAGAGGCCAGCCCUCUGAAGGAACCAGAGACCAAGGAGGAGGAGGAGGAGGUAGAAGUAGAAAAGAAGAAACCAAAGAAGAAGAAAUCUGCAACAGGAAAACCAAUGGUGCCACACAGCUCCAUGUUCAUAUUCAGCACCACAAACCCAAUCCGAAGGGCCUGCCAUUACAUUGUCAACCUGCGUUAUUUUGAGAUGUGCAUUCUUCUGGUGAUUGCAGCGAGCAGCAUUGCUUUGGCAGCAGAGGACCCCGUCUUGACCAACUCAGAGAGGAAUAAAGUCCUGAGGUAUUUUGACUAUGUUUUCACCGGUGUGUUUACCUUUGAGAUGGUUAUUAAGAUGAUAGAUCAGGGAUUGAUCCUACAAGACGGCUCCUAUUUCCGAGAUCUCUGGAACAUCUUGGAUUUCAUUGUGGUGGUCGGAGCACUGAUGGCCUUUGCUUUGGCGACCAACAAAGGUCGGGACAUUAAAACUAUCAAGUCUCUUCGUGUUCUCCGAGUCUUGAGACCAUUGAAGACCAUCAAGAGGCUGCCAAAACUCAAGGCAGUCUUUGAUUGCGUUGUAACAUCACUGAAGAAUGUCUUCAACAUACUAAUUGUCUACAAGCUCUUCAUGUUCAUCUUUGCCGUCAUUGCAGUCCAGCUCUUCAAGGGCAAAUUCUUCUACUGUACAGACAGCUCAAAAGAUACAGAGAAAGAUUGCAUAGGCAACUAUGUGGACCAUGAGAAAAAUCUGAUGGAAGUGAAAUGCCGUCAAUGGAAGCGCCAUGAAUUCCACUAUGAUAAUAUCAUUUGGGCUUUGCUCACCCUCUUCACUGUCUCCACUGGAGAAGGAUGGCCACAGGUUUUGCAGCAUUCUGUGGAUGUGACCGAGGAGGACCGUGGCCCCAGCCGCAGCAACCGCAUGGAGAUGUCCAUUUUUUAUGUGGUGUAUUUUGUAGUCUUUCCUUUUUUCUUCGUUAAUAUCUUUGUGGCUCUCAUCAUCAUCACUUUCCAGGAGCAAGGAGACAAAAUGAUGGAGGAAUGCAGUCUUGAAAAAAACGAGAGAGCGUGCAUUGACUUUGCUAUUAGUGCUAAACCCCUCACCCGCUACAUGCCUCAAAACCGACACACUUUUCAAUACAGAGUCUGGCACUUUGUGGUCUCUCCAUCAUUUGAAUAUACCAUCAUGGCCAUGAUAGCACUAAAUACUAUAGUUCUAAUGAUGAAGUACUAUUCUGCUCCCUACACCUAUGAACUGGCUCUGAAGUACCUGAACAUUGCUUUUACCAUGGUUUUCUCACUAGAAUGUGUCCUGAAAAUUAUAGCCUUUGGAUUUCUGAAUUAUUUCCGUGACACCUGGAACAUCUUUGAUUUCAUUACUGUAAUUGGUAGUAUUACCGAGAUUAUCUUGACGGAUAGCAAGCUGGUAAAUACCAGCAGCUUCAACAUGAGCUUUCUAAAAUUGUUCCGAGCUGCCCGUCUCAUCAAACUACUUCGCCAAGGUUACACCAUCCGAAUUUUGCUGUGGACUUUUGUACAGUCAUUCAAGGCUCUUCCUUAUGUCUGCCUCCUGAUUGCGAUGCUCUUCUUCAUUUAUGCAAUCAUUGGCAUGCAGGUUUUUGGAAAUAUCAAAUUAGAUGAAGAAAGUCACAUAAACCGUCACAACAACUUUCGCAGCUUCCUAGGUUCUCUCAUGCUUCUCUUCAGGAGUGCUACGGGGGAGGCAUGGCAGGAGAUCAUGCUUUCAUGCCUAGGAGGUAAAGGAUGUGAGUCAGACACCACAGCAACAUCUGGACAAAAUGCGAGUGAGCAGUGCGGCACAGAUCUGGCAUAUGUUUACUUUGUCUCCUUCAUCUUCUUCUGCUCUUUUUUGAUGCUCAAUCUCUUUGUGGCUGUCAUCAUGGACAAUUUUGAAUACCUGACUCGAGAUUCCUCCAUCUUAGGACCACACCACCUUGAUGAAUUUGUGCGGAUCUGGGCAGAGUAUGACAGGGCUGCAUGUGGCCGCAUCCAUUACACUGAGAUGUAUGAAAUGCUGACUCUCAUGUCCCCACCACUAGGCCUCGGCAAGAGAUGUCCCUCCAAAGUUGCUUAUAAGAGACUGGUCCUGAUGAAUAUGCCUGUGGCUGAGGACAACACUGUCCAUUUCACUUCCACUUUGAUGGCCUUGAUCCGAACAGCUCUGGAUAUUAAGAUUGCAAAAGGCGGUGCGGAAUGGCAGCAGCUAGACUCAGAGCUCCAGAAGGAGAUUCUGACCAUCUGGCCUCACCUUUCACAGAAGCAGCUAGAUGUAUUGGUACCCAUGCCAAAAACUACAGACUUGACAGUUGGGAAAAUCUACGCAGCCAUGAUGAUCAUGGACUACUAUAAGCAAAGUAAAGCUAAGAAACAAAGGCAACAGCUGGAAGAACAGAAAAAUGCCCCAAUGUUCCAGCGCAUGGAGCCUUCCUCUCUUCCUCAGGAGAUCAUUUCUAAUGCCAAAGCUUUACCUUACCUCCAGCAAGAAACCUUUUCAGGACUGAGCAGCCGGAGUGGGUUCCCCUCCUUGAGUCCACUCUCUCCCCAAGAGAUAUUCCAGUUGGCUUGCAUGGACCCAACCCAAGGGGAAUACCAGGAACAGCAAUCUCUGGAGCCAGAGGUUAGAGAGUUUAAAAGAGUACAGCCCUCUAACUGUGGCAGCUACCUCCCGGUGGAUACUCAGGAACGAGCGGUAUCUGGGAGGGCUUCUUCCAUGCCACGUCUGACUGUGGAUCCCCAGGUGGUUACAGAUCCAGGCUCCAUGAGACGUUCAUUUUCUACUAUCCGAGACAAACGGACUAACACCUCCUGGUUAGAUGAAUUCUCCAUGGAAAAGAGCAGUGAAAACACCUAUAAGUCCCGCCGUCGCAGUUACCACUCUGCACUGUACCUAUCUUCACGGCGCCUCAACACAGAUUCAGGCCAUCGAUCUGACACACAUCGGUCAGGCGGCAGAGAAAGAGGCCGAUCCAAGGAACGGAAGCACCUCCUCUCUCCAGACAUUUCCCGUUGCAACUCAGAGGAAAGGAGUCCACAAGCAGAUGGUGAUUCACCAGAGCGACGGCAGUCUAGGUCUCCCAGUGAAGGCAGAUCGCAGACUCCCAACAGACAGGGCACAGGUUCCUUGAGUGAGAGUUCAAUCCCAUCCAUAUCUGAUACCAGCACACCCAGGCGGAGCCGCCGCCAGCUCCCUCCAGUGCCACCAAAGCCCCGCCCCCUCAUCUCCUAUGCUGCAAUGAUGCAACAUUGUGGUGACACCUCCCCGAAUCCUGACGACAGCGAGGGUGGCUCCCCUCUGCUUUCCGGCACUCUGGAGACAAACAACCCCUGCUUGACUGAGUCUUCCAGUUCCCCGACGGGAAAGCAGAGCCUUCUUUCCACUCCUCAGCGCUACAUCUCAGAGCCUUACCUGAUGCUUCAGGAUGACUCCCAUGCUUCAGACUGUGGUGAGGAGGAGACACUCACCUUUGAGGCUGCUGUGGCCACCAGCCUUGGCCGCUCCAACACAAUUGCAUCAGGCCCUCGCUCAAGGCACAGCUGGCAGAUGCCCAACGGGCACUACCGGAGAAGGAGGAGAGGGGCAUCACAGGGAGUGAUGUGUGGGGCUGGUAUUGAUGUACUUAGCGAUACGGAGGAAGAUGACAAGUGCUAGAGGCUGCCUCCCCUUCUUCCCGCUCUCCUCUGACGCAUGCCGUUUGCCACAUUUGAAAUGAAUUGAAUCGGAAGUCCAAUGCGGCAGAUACCAAGCCUUUGUGCAAAAAAAGAAAAAGGGUACAACCCAUUGGUUUUAAUUUUGUUCAUUCUCCUUUUUUUAAAAAAAAUGCACAAAAAGCAUUUGAUUAGCUCCUGCAUCCAUGGACCUAGAAAAAAGUGUACCUAUUUGUUAAGUGGAAAUGAAACAUGGAACAGCAACCAUCAGCCCAACAGUCACAUGGGUCUCCUUCCUGAAAAAGGCAGGAGCAUUUGUCCAAGGAGAGGCAGAAGAUGCUACGAAAGUGUAAUCAGAAACAUACUGGGUACAACAGGGCUUUUAACAAUAUUACUUUGACCCCAGACACUUGCUUGGGCAAAAAAAGGAAGGAAGGAGUAGUCAAGUUGGUGCUUUGGAAGGUAUGUGACCUCGGGUCCCCUUUCCUACAAUUCAACCAACAUGAGGAAUAGGAGUGAUCAGUUCCUCUAGAGGUCUUGCCCAAGGUAGAAGGCACAACAUAAGGCUUUCUUGCACAGUCCGUUGUUUUCAGUUCUUCAAAAAGUGAACCAUGCUUGUGAUGAAACUGAGAGACUGCGAUGAGGAGAAAGCAGGCCAAAGGCAGUAGAGGUUGCCCAUGUUAAUGAGAAGGAUUUAUUUAGGAUGACACCAACCCCAUGUUUUAUACCAUGGCCAGUCUGUUAAGGAUGGAACAAGGACAGGGUCACUGCCAUGCUAAAUGUAUAUAACCCACCAUACUCAGACAUAUAUGUAUAUUCUGAGUUCAGAAUGUGUAGAAAGAGUGUGCGUGGAUGUAUAUAUCUAUGCUGCAUAUACAGACAUGCCCAUAUGUAGAGAUUUAUUUUGAUAAGCCAGUUUCUGUACUAGUAUCAGGACAGUCUAUUGUCUUACCCUCCAAGAUUGGGAGCCAUUUUUCCUGUGGGAAUUCUGUGGAGCUUCAGAAGUGAUGCGCCCAUGACAUUCCGUAAUUUUUUUUAAUCGUAUCCGGAGAGAUUUGAGAAACCGCAAGUCGCUUCUGGUGUGAGUGAGAGAAUUGGCCGUCUGCAAGGACGUUGCCCAGGGGACGCCCGGAUGGUUUUGAUGUUUUAUCAUCCCUGUGGGAGGCUUCUCUCAUGUCCCCACAUGAGGAGCUGGAGCUGGUAGAGGGAGCUCAUCCGCCUCUCUCCGGAUUCGAACCUGCGCCUGUCCUGCCAGCACAGGGGUUUAACCCACUGCACCACCAGGGGCUCAUUCCGUAAAUGCUUGUCUGGGAUACCUCC